UGAAUGGCUAAGGCGUUCACUGUGCGUUGCUGCCGAGCCCGCUGCUGCUGCUGCUGCUGCACAACUGCAAUAAGCAAAGGCGACAUUGAAGAAGAACGACAUUGAUUUGUUCAGCCCCGUCGCAUACCAUGCUGCAUGGGCUACGAUGGAGCCUAUCGAUGAGCCACUCCCUGUGGCAUGGGCACAGGGAGUGGUUGAGGUGGGCCCUGAGUAUGAAGUUCAGCUCGGUGGACGAGAAGAGGCGCAUUUCUUCUGCCAAGACGGCAAACACCUGCUCCACUCCUCCCACAACAACAUCCCUGGCCGAUGAAAGCGCACAGGCAACGUAUGCAUUUGUUCGCUGCACAGCCUUCAAUUUCCUUACCCUGUUCCUCCGGUGCAUCCUUUUUUGUGCGAUUUCUCGGUCAGCUGCCUACCUGUGGAUCCAGUGAGGCACGGAGGGCACUGUGGCUGCUGCGCCAUGGCGACGAAGCGGACAUUUCUUCACUUUACGGGGGACCUCGCUCUACUUCUUUACUGUACUUUAAUGGUCACUUCUCUGCUUCACUUGGCUUUACUCUACUUUAAUUGUCGCUUCUCCCUCUGGUUCACUUUUUCCUUUCCUUUAUUCACUUUACUCUGCCGACUUUGCUGGGUGAGCUCAAAAGAG